AUUCACAGAUUUAUUAGCUUGCACACACACACAGAAAUUCAGUCGGCAAAGUUCAUUCAUAAAAAUUUCAACACGCCGCCCAUCAUCCUGCACAUCUCAGCUUUCGGCUGCAAAUGGGCUUCUGAAAAAAAGCUCCGAGAGGAGUCCAGGAGGGAGGGAAGCUCUGAGCGAGGGUGGGCAGGCAGGGAGGGGAUCUGAAGAACAGGACCCAUCACAAGUCAGUGAAACAAUGCGGAGGAGCAGCGCCCGUCAGUAGUACGCCUGGCUAGUGGCCCAGAACGGGAUGCAAGACCAGAUCUUCCAAGAGAGGGCAGCCUUUGGAAUCAACGAACCCAGACAGAAGGGCCUGUGGCUCAUAGACACUUUUUUUUUUUUUUUUUUUCCUUUUUAAAUGAACAAUCACUGGAACAAAUAAAGGGUUAAUAGGCCAGUCAUUUGCCCCGCCCUGUGGGAGCCGAAGGGAGCAGGUUUGAAAGUUCCUGUGUGUAGAAGAGGAGGCUGGGGUGAGGGUGGGAGUGAGGGUGCCAAAUAUUUCUGCUCCGCUCCUGCAAGGCCAGUGAUGCGGCGGCCCCCCCGGGCGGGUGCUGGGCUGGGCUCUGUGCCUCAGAGUUGGCCGUGAGCGACCCCCGCUGCCAGGAGCCCGAGUCUAGGCUCUCCGAACGAGGAUUCCAAGGCGAGAACACUGGUGCCUCUGCCUGGGCCAGGGAGGGACUGAAAUCAGAGCAGAGGAGGCGUUUCCCCCCUGGGCUGUCACCCUUAAGGGGCCGGGAGCCGACGUGGGCGAGCGCGAGAGCAGAGUUGGAGAGGUAGCUGCUGCGAGUUGCAUCCGGCUUUGAGGCAUUUGAUGUCUGCACCGUUUAUCUACCAGAAGACGACGCGAUUUAUGCAACAGUAUCCUGUUUCAGCACUGCCAAGGCUAUGCGAGAAAGCGGCCAGGACAGCCUGGCAGGACUCGUGCUGUAUGUAGGACUCUUCGGGCACCCCGGGAUGCUGCACAGGGCCAAGUACAGCCGCUUUCGGAACGAGUCAAUCACGUCCUUGGACGAAGGUAGCCCCGGAGGCUCGGUCGGGAACAAGGGCUCCCCGCAGCCUCCCCACCCCACCCUGGCACCUCACCUGCCGGCUGAAGAUGCCACCUUGCCGUCGCAGGAGAGCCCCACCCCACUGUGCACCUUGAUCCCCCGCAUGGCGAGCAUGAAGCUGGCCAACCCGGCCACUUUGCUGAGUCUGAAAAACUUUUGCCUGGGCACCAAAGAGGUGCCUCGACUGAAGCUCCAGGAAAGCCGGGACCCAGGUUCCAGCAGCCCGUCAUCCCCAGAAACCAGUCUAAGUGGGUCCGGGACUGCACCUCCACUGCAGCCGGACCUGGUGGGCCACAGGGCAACCGCCUUAACCCCUGAUUCGUGUCCACUUCCUCGCCCUAGGGAGCCACCCCUUAGGAGCAGGCAGGACAGGCACUUUCUACAGCACCUGUUGGGGAUGGGCAUGAACUACUGUGUGAGGUACAUGGGCUGUAUUGAAGUGCUGCAAUCAAUGAGGUCUCUGGAUUUUGGAAUGAGAACCCAAGUUACAAGGGAAGCAAUAAGUCGCCUGUGUGAAGCUGUCCCCGGGGCAAAUGGAGCCAUUAAAAAGCGAAAGCCUCCAGUUAAGUUCCUAUCAACGGUUCUUGGCAAAAGUAAUCUUCAGUUUUCAGGAAUGAAUAUAAAACUGACCAUCUCAACAUGCAGUCUCACACUGAUGAAUCUUGACAACCAACAGAUUAUUGCUAAUCAUCAUAUGCAGUCUAUUUCAUUUGCCUCUGGAGGAGAUCCUGACACUACAGACUACGUUGCCUAUGUAGCUAAAGAUCCUGUUAAUCAACGAGCCUGUCACAUAUUGGAAUGCCAAAAUGGAAUGGCCCAAGAUGUCAUAAGUACCAUAGGGCAGGCUUUUGAACUCCGGUUUAAACAGUACUUGAAAAAUCCUUCUUUGAAUACUUCUUGUGAAAGUGAGGAGGUGCGUGUGGAUAGCCAUGCUGAGGAGAGAGAAGAUCAUGAAUAUUAUAAUGAAAUUCCAGGGAAGCAGCCACCAGUAGGUGGCGUUUCCGACGUGCGGAUCAGAGUUCAAGCCACGGAACAUAUGGCUUACUGCCCCAUACGGUGUGAAAAGUUGUGCUAUUUGCCUGGAAACUCCAAGUGCAGCAGUGUAUAUGAGAACUGUAUAGAACAAAGCAGGGGACUAGGUAAUGUCCAUCCAAGAGGGGUGCAGUCCCAGCGAGAUACCUCAUUAUUGAAGCACACAUGCCGAGUGGAUCUCUUCGACGACCCCUGCUACAUUAAUACACAGGCUCUUCAAAGUACGCUUGGCUCUGCUGGAAAUCAGACCCAACCACUGGGCAGCCCGUGGCACUGUGGAAAGGCACCAGAAACUGUUCAGCCGGGUGCUGCGGCCCAGCCUGCCAGCUCACAUUCUUUGCCACACAUUAAGCAGCAGCUGUGGAGUGAAGAAUGCUACCAUGGCAAGCUGAGCAGGAAGGCGGCAGAGAGCCUCUUGGUAAAGGAUGGGGACUUUCUGGUUCGAGAGAGUGCAACAUCCCCUGGCCAAUAUGUGCUGAGUGGACUACAGGGAGGCCAAGCAAAACAUCUUCUCCUGGUGGAUCCUGAAGGCAAGGUGAGGACCAAGGAUCACGUAUUUGAUAAUGUUGGCCACCUUAUCAGAUACCAUAUGGAUAACAGUUUGCCAAUCAUCUCUUCUGGAAGCGAAGUAAGCCUUAAACAACCAGUGAGAAAAGAUAAUAAUCCAGGAGUUUUGCAUUCCAACAAAUGACAGUAUUGAAGCACCAUCACACUGAUAUUUGAAGAAAUUCCAUUUUGUAUUGGACACAAAGAUAAUUUAAACUUUGUUUGUAGAUAAAAUAGAGCACAAACUGUGAAGUGCAUGUUACCGAGACCGUCAUGGACUAGGUCCUCUAUAAAAUGAAGAACUAACAAAAUUUGGUUUUCAGAAAUGAAAAUCAGAAAAGAGGAAGAGGGUUGGUCAUUUUAAAAGAAAUUAUAUGUAUGCACAAAUGUCACUUUUUAAGGCCAUAUUGCAUUGAUAACAAGCUAAAAGCACAACUAAAAUUUCACAUGCUAACGACAACUUGAAUGAACUGCUGGGGCAGUGGUAUGUGCCUUUCAACUUGAUAAUUUGGGGACAUUUUCAUAUUGGGGAGGUUAGUUCUAACUAUCUUCAUGUUCUAUGACUACAGAACCAUUUGCCAAAAAGAAAAGUUUUUCUUGCUACAAAAAAUAAGAAGCAAUUUUCUUGAGCCUUAUUCACUUUAUUACAUUUUCUGUUUAGUAGCAGUUUUGACUGCAGUGUUAAAAUAAAUAUGGCAUUCAAUUC